CAUUCGAAGCUGCUAAAGCUUCUUAUUAUGGUCUCAGUGAACAACAUGCUCUUGCUGCCAUCACCUCUGUUCCUGCUAGAGCAUUGGGAAUUGACCAUCGUGUUGGACGAAUUGAUGUCGGAUAUGAUGCUGACGUUUUGGUAUGGAAUAGACAUCCACUCGCCUUGGGCGCUUAUCCAUUGGAAGUUUAUAUUGAUGGGAUUCCUCAGUUUAACACUUCAUCGUCCGUCCUAAGCGGUCCAACAGAUGAGGCGUAUACGUCCUACAAUACGACGCGGCACUCUUCUGUGGAUACCGAAGAACGUAUCGUAUCUUCGGUAAUAAUCAAGAACAUUGGUAAAAUAUUCGUUGCCGAAGAAUCCAUCAUGGAAUCCACGCCUACUGGUUCACUCACAAUAACCGUUAGCGAAGGCCGCAUUAUGUGUAUUGGGCCAGAUUGUACUAUCACUAAUACGAUUGGAUAUGACGUGGUUGAUUUGAAGGGUGGAUACGUAUUGCCAGGCAUCAUUGCCGCUGGAUCUAAUCUUGGAUUGUCAGAAAUAGAACAGGAACAAAUAACGCAAGAUGGGUAUGUCAAUUCAGUUAAGAGUCCCGAUCACCCAGAAAGAAUAAUUCGCGCAGUCGACGGACUAAAACUCGGUGGAAAGCAUCUUGAGCAAGCAUACAAAGGGGGCGUGCUUACUGUUAUUAGCCCUCCGAUGGCCCAAAAAGGCGUACUUGUUGGUGUGUCCGCCGCAUUUAAGAGUGCCGGCAAUAGUGUCAUUGAUGACGAGAAUGAAGUUAUUGCCAAAGCAGAAGUCGCACUACAUGCACAAAUUGGUACCCCAUACAAAGACGAAUCGAUCACAACGGUAUCCGGUCAAAUAGCAUUCUUGCGCAAAGCCCUUCUCGAUAAUCUCCAGUUGAAAGGGUCGCCAAAUUUCUACGCGCUCGCCGCAAAAGGCGACAUACCAUUCGCAGUCUAUACGCACAGCAAAGAUGAAAUUGCAUCUCUAAUUCGUCUAAAGGAUGAAAUAGAUGGGGCAGGUGGCAAACUUCGACUAGUUAUCGUCGGAGGAGCAGAAUCUUAUAUCCUGGCAUCUCAUUUGGCCAAACGGAAGAUACCGGUGGUCGUCACCCCGGCUAGACCUGUACCCGAACUGUGGACUGCUCAGAACGUACUCACUGGACCUCCCAUUAGUAACAAGACACACAUUGAGAUAUUGCACGAGCAUAAAGUUUUGGUAGGUAUUGGUGUAUCAGAUCCCAGUUUCGCAAGAAAUUUGGUAUGGGAUGCUGGUUGGGUGUGCAAAAAUUCGAAAAACAAUGCAAUUUCGGAAAAGGACGCAAUUGGCUUUAUUUCCUGGAACUUGGAGCAGAUAUUUGGGAUCGAUAAGCAUGUCGAGGGCAAGGGCAGAAAUAAGGGAUUUUCGGUAGGCGCAAUUGCGGAUUUCGUCGCGUAUGAUGGUAGUCCGUUCGACAUGGGAAGUCGGGUUAAGGUGGUUGCUGGUGGUGGAAAGAGGCAAAUUAUUAUUGAUCCUAAACAAGGCUAA